AUGUUCAAGAUUACUCCCGCUGUACUGCUUGCCUUGGCUGGCAGUGCCAACGCCUUCUGGCGCAUGGAGUGCCCUGGCCGUCUCGAUGUCGCCCGUAUUGACCCUAUCGUCAACCACAACGACGUCUCUGCCCACGCGCACUCUCUUCACGGCUCUUCUGGUCUUUCCGCCUCUGCCGACGGUGCUGCCCUCAAGGCCGGCGACUGCACUUCUUGCCGUGUCACCCAAGACAAGUCUGCCUACUGGUCGCCCUCACUAUACUUUGAGGAUAAAGACACUGGAAAGUUCGAGCUCGUCACCCAGGUGGGCGGAAUGCUGGCCUACUACCUCCUCUAUGGAGACAACAUCACUGCUUUCCCCGACGACUUCCGCAUGAUUGCGGGCUCCAAUACCCGUCGUGCUUACACUGCCGGUAACCCUGAGCAGGCUGACCCCGACAAGUCUCUUUGGAAAUCCAUGGGACAGACCAAGCAGAGCAUUCUUGAACAGCGUGCUCUUGGCUUCAACUGUCUCAACUACGACAAGCAGCCCGAGGGCACUCUCUACCGCCACUACAUGCCUGACAAGGCCUACCUCGAUGCCAACUGCAAGGAUGGUAUUCGUCUGGAAAUCAUGUUCCCCUCGUGCUGGGAUGGCAAGAAUACUGACGCCGCCGACCACAAGUCCCACAUGGCCUAUCCUGACCUAGUCAUGACUGGUACCUGCCCCGAUGGUUUCCAGACCCGCGUUCCGUCCCUCAUGUUUGAGACGAUUUGGUCUGUCGCUCCCUUUAAGGGCCGCAACGGUCGCUUCGUCUUCUCUAACGGCGACACCGAGGGUUACGCUUACCAUGCUGAUUUCAUGAUGGGCUGGGACCGCGAUUUCCUCCAGCAGGCUGUCCAGACUUGCACCAAUCCCUCUGGUCGUAUUGAGGACUGCCCUCUCUUCAACGUUGUUGACCAGGGCACCGCUACCUCUUGCAAGCUCCAGAAGUCCCUCCCCGAGAAGCUGGCUGCUGAGAUCAAGGACAUCCUCGGUCCCAUGGCCAGCCUUCCCGGUGGCCUCUCCAUCUUUGGCGACCAUGGCAAACCCUCGCUACCUGAAACUGGCAGCAGCGCUCCUUCUUCCACAGCCUCGAAGCCGACCCUGAGCUACACUCCCGGUGACAAGCCGACCAACUCUGCUUCGCCCCUUCCUGGCCAAGUUUUCAAGCAGGUUGAUUCUGAAUCUGGUUCUGCGGCCACCCCUGCCCCAACGACUGCCCCAGCGCCCGUUCCCGCCUCCGCUGCCGUUACUGGGGCUCCUUCUGCCACCCCCGAGCCCAGCUUCUAUAGCACACAGUACAUUACCAACGGCAACACUGUCAGCAAGAUUCUCUGGCAAGAGGAGAUCGUUACUGUCACGGAGACUGCAGAGCCCACCGCCACCAAGACUGUCGAUGCUGCCCAGCGUCGUCGUUCCCAUCUCCACGGCCAUGCCCGUAGGAGCUAA